UUAUAAUGAAGUUGUGUCAGUGAGCGGUGAAGGAGCGUCGGAAAACCGAAUUACAUUUCGCUGCAUUUAAUACCAUAGCUUUUAAUCGAGAUUUAUUUUUUUCCACGGUCAUUUCGUAACUGUUGGUGUCGUCGUGUUUAACUGCAAUCAUAACAAUCUGACGUAAAUCACGUGACCAGGGAGGCGUUUCUAAAUAUGUAAACUUGAAACUGUUUUUAUCUUGUCGUCUGCCCUGGUGUGCUUAUCGGCAAAUGAAGUUUGUUGGAAGUUACAAAAUCGCAGUAAAUUUUGAAAUUUUCAACUAAUUUGUUCCUGACGAAAUCUGUAUUAAUUAUUUUGUGCUUGGAAGAAUUUAUUUUAAACGUCGAAUUUUGGAAAUUGUUAUUAAUUUGUUCUGUCAGAUGUGCUAAUUCUGUGGUUUUCAUGGAUUUUUCAAAUUUCUCAUAAAUUUUUUUAAAAAUUUUUGCAUUAUUCGAACAUUUACUUUGAUAUCGAGCGAGUAAUGUGCAAUACGAAGUGGAUCCAUUUGAUUUUGGAGUUUUAAUCCAGAAUGUUGAAAAGGCCGCCAGUCUUUGUUCCUAGGAAUGAUGAAUGGUCAUGAAAAUGAUUUCUGCAACAGUGACGAUGACCAGGCCAUCAUAGCGAAGUACGAUGCUGGCCGGAGCGAAACGAAUGAAAUCCUCUCUUGGGAAGAUCCAGCGUUGGAAGUUUACCAUGUCACGGAUCGAUAUGGAUUCAUACAUGAUCACAGACUUCCAGAAAAACUUACUGCUCACGAAACAAAGAUUCGUGAAAGAGAAAAUGAGAGAAUUGGAAAAUGGCUAAAAAUGAUAAAGAAGUGGGGAAAAUAUGCCGACAGUGAAAAGCUGAGGCAGCGUGUGUAUAAAGGCAUUCCCAAUGCUGUGAGAGGUGAAGUUUGGGGACGAUUAUUAGGCGUACCCCAGAUAAAGGUUGAACAGGAAGGUAAAUAUGAGGAAAUGGUGAAGCAGGCUCGUCUUCAUUCGACUGACAUAAAGCAAAUAGAUUUGGACAUAAACAGAACUUUCCGCAACAAUAUCAUGUUUCGGGAACGAUACGGCCCAAAGCAGCAAUCUUUGUUCCAAGUUCUUUCCGCCUAUUCAGUUUACAAUGUAGAAAUUGGUUAUUGUCAAGGAAUGAGCCAAAUCGCCGGUCUGCUUUUAAUGUUCAUGAAUGAUGAGGAUGCGUUUUGGGCUCUUUCAGUUCUGAUGACAGAUAGAAAACAUGCCAUGCAUGGCUUCUUCAUACCAGGAUUCCCUAAGCUGAAAAGAUUCCAAGAGCAUCAUGAUAAAUUAUUGGCAAAAUAUAUUCCUAAACUCAAGAAACGUUUGGAAAAAUUUGGCAUUCACAGUAGCCUUUACACAUUAAAGUGGUUCUUCCAGUGUUUUCUUGACCGAGUGCCAUUCACAUUAACUUUGCGUCUUUGGGAUGCAUACAUAAUAGAUGGUGAAGUUAUACUCACUGCCAUGUCUUUCACUUUAUUGAAACUUCAUAAAAAGUCUCUAUUAAAGAUGGAAAUGGAUGAAUUAAUAGAAUUCUUACAAAUAAAACUUGAACAAGAUUUCGGUUAUUACGAUGAUGAAGCCAUAGAAGCCCUGCAGAAUACAAUCCUUGAGCUGCAGAAGCACAAGCUGCAUUUGCCUGGUACCGCUCCUCCUCAUGAGCUUCCACAGAAACCUUUUGGAAUGAUCAUAAGACCAGAAAGCAGUAAUACGAGAAGGACUCUUUCAAACAGUGGUCAAUCCAAUCUCAGCAACGGCAGCAAUGGAACAUUGGAAAGGAAUGCCUCUCAAAGCCCAAUCAAUCGCGAUGAUGCCAACUCUGUCGACGGUAAAACUCUUCCAAAAUUGUUUCCUAGACGACCAAGCAUGUCUGAAGCUUCCACAAACGAUAUUUCCUCAGAACUGUCUAGUCCUUCCUCGGUGUGUGCAGGCUACCCACUCCAGCGUGCCGUAUCUCUCUAUGACAAUGUGGACUUGGUAGAAAGUGUUCAGGCUGCUUACAAGCAAUCUCCUCCCAGUUCCAGAAUGAAUUCGCCUGAUGCCAUUUGCCUCUAUGUACCUUAUGAAGGUCCACAACAAACUCAAGGCUCACCCUCUAGUACCACAGUGUCGCCCGUUAUUCCUCCUAAAAAUGGAGGAUUACACAUUUCAUCAUCAAGUUAGCAGUUUUUGUGACUAAUUAAUCUUGUGUAUUUGACUGAUUAUGUAAGACUGACAACAUUCCUUGACUAUCAACUAAUAUUUUCAAUGGUAUUUUUUUAUUAUCUAUUAUGUAAAUAUAUAUAUAAUUAUAUAUUUUUAAGUAGUUGUAGCACUGAGGCAUGUGCAAUAAACUUACAAAUAAGACCUC